AGAUUUUAACAAAUCAAAUUUUAGCCUAAUUUGACUGGGAGUCAAAGGCAGAUUUUGAGUUCCUAACCCAGUAGAGGGACGUGUGAAACGUGAUUACGUAAGAGACUACGCAAAUGAGUAGAUUAAGUAGAAGAUGCUUGUCGUCCAUCUUGGAUAGCGGGCUACAGUUAUUUUAUACAUCAAUGGGCACAAGGGAAUAAAAUCACAGCACAUUUAGCAGAAGAACAAUUUUAAACCGACUUUCAUAACGUAUUUUUUUUUUAAAUCUCAAAAUGUCCAAACUGGAGUUGUUCAACGCGUAUCUUACAGAACGGCUGACCGCGGCGGCGAGGGAGAUAACAUCGGCAGUAGAGAGAACAAUAACAGACUAUCAGGAGGAAAUCUUCCGUUCCAAGGAGGAGAACGAACGGUUACGACUGUUGCUGGAUGUCAAACCACAUUUACACUUACAUACAAAAGACCCCCAACAGCUCACCUUCACAGUCUCUAAAGAGGGGGUUCCCCCUGAGCAGCAGCACUGUGAAGAGUGUCCCAGUAUGGGGCAACAGGUCCCAGAGCCCACACAGAUUAAAGAUGAACAGGAGGAAGAGCUGCUUCAAGGGCUGGAGUCUGAUACCAAAGACUUCAUAACUGUCUGUGUGGUGAGUGACUGUGAGGGUGUGAACACACGUCAUGCAUCGCACACUGUGGGGAGUCGAGACGGAGGUUCACCGUUCAAUAACACAACUGGAAGGAUCCAGACAGAGCCUGAUGACGAAGACUAUAUAGACUACAUAGUAUCAGAACCAUCCAGUCCUGCAGCUCGGAGUGAAAACAGUGUGAACAGCGGGAGGGAGACCGAUGGGGGGAGCAGGGAGCGACCGCUGGGGUCAAAGACACGGAAAUCACAAAGAAAACGGGUGAAGAAGGGAAUAAGUGUUGUUGAAGAAGCUUCUCCUCAUUGCUGCAAGCUGUGUGGGAGGACUUUUGUUCGUAUGGGUUUUUUAGUUAAUCACGUGCAAAGAACACACACAAAGCAUGCUAAACAAUACCGUUGCGGUGUGUGUGAAGGAGUCUUGGACUCCAAAGAAAAUCUGACAGUCCACGUGCAAACCCACACUAAAGAGAGAAGUACUGCUCACCCUCAAACCCACACUGAACCAAAUCCUAGGGCCACUGCUCACCCUCAAACCCUCACUGAACCAAAAGCUAGGCCCAGUACUCACCCUCAAAUACUCACUGAACCAAAACCUAGGCCCAGUACUCAUCCUCAAAUACUCACUGAACCAAAACCUAGGCCUACUGCUCACCGGCAAACCUUCACUAAAGGGAUGCCUACUCCUCAACUUCAACCUGCGGCCAAACCUACUUGUCAUGUUUGUGGCAAAUGUUUCCCUUACAAUCAUAAUCUGAAACUACACAUGCGUACUCACACAGGCGAGAGACCCUUCAAAUGCAGAGAAUGUGGUAAAUGCUUCCGAUCUAAGGGAUAUAUGAAGGUGCACUUGAGGAUUCACACUGGAGAGAAACUAUUCCAAUGCAAAGAAUGUGACAAAGGCUUCCCUACCAAGCAAUACCUGACCAAACACAUGCUGUUCCACACAGGGGAGAACUCCUACCAGUGUAAGGACUGUGGGAAAGGCUUCGACCAGAGGGAAGACCUUGAACAGCACCAGUCAACUCACAUGGAGGAGAAGCCAUAUGGUUGCAUAGAGUGUGGCAAAUGUUUUAAAGACACUUACCAUCUGGCCAGACAUAAGCUGGUUCACACAGGGGAGAGACCUUUCACGUGCACUGUGUGUGGACGAGGCUUCAGCACCCAAGGCAACCUGAAAGUACACCAGCGGAUUCACACCGGAGAGAAACCCUAUCGCUGUAAACUGUGUGGUAGAUGCUUUACAGGUUUUGCUAGUCUUAAAUAUCACCUGAACACUAUUCACCAUUACGACGGUGUCCUUUUAAAUGACGUGUCUGUCAGAAGAUGACAAACCAGAAGAACAUCAUUACACCAUUGUGGCUUUACAGUGUAUUUGUGGUGGCGGAUACAGAACAACCAUUAGGACAUAGAAUCUAUGAAGGAAUAUGUGGUGUACUCUAACACCUUGAUUACGGUUCAACAUUGGAUGUGAAAUAACACAUCUGACACAACGGAUAUAUAUGCUGUUGUAUAUAUAUAUAUACUACCAUUCAAAAGUUUGGGGUCACUUAGAAAUGUCCUUGUUUUUGAAACGAAAUCAUAUUUUUUUGUGUCCAUUUAAAAUAACAUCAAAUUGAUUAGAAAUACAGUGUAGACAUUGCUAAUGUUGUAAAUGACUAUUGUAGCUGGAAACGGCAGAUUUUUAAUGGAAUAUCUACAUAGGCGUACAGAUGCCCAAUAUCAGCAACCAUCACUCCUGUGUUCCAAUGGCACAUUGUGUUAGCUCAUCCAAGUUUAUCAAUUUUAAAAGACUAAUUGAUCAUUAGAAAACCCUUUUGCAAUUAUGUUAGUUGUUAUGAAACUGUUGUUCUGAUUUAAAGAAGCAAUAAAACUGUCCUUCUUUAGACUAGUUGAGUAUCUGGAGCAUCAGCAUUCGUGGGUUCGAUUCCGGACUCAAAAUGGCCAGAAACAAAGUACUUUCUUCUGAAACUCGUCAGUCUAUUCUUGUUCUCAGAAAUGAUUUUGUUUCAAAAACAAUGACAUUUCUAAGUGACCCCAAACUUUUGAAAGGUAGUAUACAUACAUAUAGUAUGAACAGUACGAGAAGUCUGGACACACCUACUCAUUCCAGGGUUUUUUGUUAUUUGAACUAUGUUCUACAUUGUAGAAUACUAGUGAAGACAUUAAAACUAUGAAAUAACACAUGGAAUCAGGUAGUAAACAAAAAAGUGUUUAACAAAUCAAAAUAUAUUUUAUAUUUGAGAUUCUUUAAAGUAGCCAACCUUUGCUUUGGUGACAGCUUGGCAUUCUCUCAACCAGCUUCACCUGUAAUGCUUUUCCAAAAGACUUUGCCGGAGUUCCCACAUAUGCUGAGCACUUGUUGGCUGCUUUUCCUUCACUCUGUGGUCCGCGUCAUCCCAAACCAUCUCAACUGGGUUGAGGUCGGGUGAUCGUGGAGGACAGGUCAUCUGAUGCAGCACUCCAUCACUCUCCUCCUUGGUCAAAUAGCCCUUACACAGCCUGGAGGUGUGUUGUCCCACUAAACUCAAACCAGAUGGGAUGGUGUAUCGCUGCAGAAUGCUUAGCCAUGCUGGUUAAGUGUGCCUUGAAUACUGGUUGAGAGAAUGCAAAGAGUUUGCAAUGCUAUCAUCAAGGCACAGCGUGGCUACUUUGAAGAAUCUCAGAAUAUACCUAUAUUUUGAUUUGUUUAACACUUUUUGGGGGGUUAUUACAUGAUUCCAUAUGUGUUAUUUCAUAGUUUUGAUGUCUUCACUACUAUUCUACAAUAAAAAUAAAUAAAAAAAGAAGAAAAAAAACCUUGAAUGAGUAGGUGUGUCCAAAUUUUGACUGGUACUUGUAUUUGUAAAUGUAUUUAAUGAGUGAAAACGUUGUAUAUGUAUUUAAAAGUUUGAAAACGUUUCCACAACCGUUGUGACCGUCACAUCCGGGAGAAUUGUGGGAACUCAUUGGUCCAAAGCUAAUAUGAUUUGCUGGAAUUUCAACACUGUGAAAACGAUGUUUUAACUUUUGUAAUGUUUACGUGUCCACCAACUAGACUAAUAUAUGUGUAUUUAUCUAUUCCUCUCUUUGUUGCUUGUUAAUUUGCAAUGUCAUGUUCCAGAAUGGUCCUUUUGUUCAAUGUGCCAAACCUGGUGUCAUUUUCUUCAGUAAUAAAAUGGAAAGCCCUAUUACAUAUCUGGUGUCAUUUUCUUCAGUAAUAAAAUGGAAAGCCCUAUUACAAACCUGGUGUCAUUUUCUUCAGUAAUAAAAUGGAAAGCCCUAUUACAAAUCUGGUGUCAUUUUCUUCAGUAAUAAAAUGGAAAGCCCUAUUACAAAUCUGGUGUCAUUUUCUUCAGUAAUAAAAUGGAAAGCCCUAUUACAAAUCUGGUGUCAUUUUCUUCAGUAAUAAAAUGGAAAGCCCUAUUACAAAUCUUGUGUCAUUUUCUUCAGUAAUAAAAUGGAAAGCCCUAUUACAAAUCUGGUGUCAUUUUCUUCAGUAAUAAAAUGGAAAGCCCUAUUACAAAUCUGGUGUCAUUUUCUUCUGUAAUAAAAUGGAAAGCCCUAUUACAAAUCUGGUGUCAUUUUCUUCAGUAAUAAAAUGGAAAGCCCUAUUACAAAUCUGGUGUCAUUUUCUUCAGUAAUAAAAUUGAAAGCCCUAUUACAAAUCUGGUGUCAUUUUCUUCUGUAAUAAAAUGGAAAGCCCUAUUACAAAUCUUGUGUCAUUUUCUUCAGUAAUAAAAUGGAAAGCCCUAUUACAAAUCUUGUGUCAUUUUCUUCAGUAAUAAAAUGGAAAGCCCUAUUACAAAUCUUGUGUCAUUUUCUUCAGUAAUAAAAUGGAAAGCCCUAUUACAAAUCUUGUGUCAUUUUCUUCAGUAAUAAAAUGGAAAGCCCUA